AUGGCCAAGGGAGACGAACCACCACCGGCCAAGAAGGCCAGGGCCGGCAGCCACGCAGGCGAUGAUGCAGGCCCUCCUGCUCCCAACGGCGGCCCCGUGGCCUCGCAGCUUGCGCCCGAGGGAACGGCCGCUGCUGCGGGCGGGCGAGGGCGCCGCAAGGGGCCGGAAAAGCCGAGUACGACUCAAUUUGGCGAGCUGAUCACCAGCGUGGGCGGGCUCGGGGGCCUCGGCGGCGGCGAGGAGGGCGGCGAGGGCGAGGAUGAGGAGGUGGAAGAGGAGCUGCAGGCAGCAGUGCAGAAGAUGCUUGAGGCGCGCGCCCACAAGGCCCAGCGCAAGCAGCAGCAGCAGCUGGAGGAGACGCAGGCCGGCGUCAACGCGCAGCUCCAGCAGCUGGAUCAGGCGGUGCAGCGCGACGCGGCCGAGGCGUCCGCGGCGGUGGCUGCCAUGGUCAAGGGGCUGCGCGGCAAGCUGGAGGCGAGGAUGAGGGCCAUCCAGGAGCUGGAGGCACGAUUCCAGAAGGAGCUGCAGGACAAGUGGGAGGAGUACAAUGAGCUCUACUCCACCAGCCUGGACGAGGUCCAGGCCCAGGCGCAAAAGCUGGUGGCCAAGAAGACCGCGGCCCACAAGAAGCGCCUCGACGCCAUCAGCGCAGACGCUGCCGCCAAGCUCGCGGAGUUGGAGCAGAAGUUUGCCAGGAGCCGCAGCCGCGGCGACCAGGUGCCCAACCUCGCCUCAAUCCUCAAGGCCUACCUGUAG